AAAUUAUUCAAAUCAGAAACAAAGAACCAUUGAAAUUGAACUGAAUUCAUAGUUUUGUGCUUCUGUGUUUUAUUUAUAGAAGGAGCAUUCCCUCCUGGAAUGUACUUCUAGUUUACUUUGAAUUAAUUUGUUACUACUUAGUCCAAUUUACAUUUCUCCACAAGCGUUACGUGAUUAAGUGCUGAGGAAAGAUGACUAUCACACAUAAUAUCUCCGUUGACAAUGGAAACUUGGUUGUCCAUGGCAAGACCAUACUCAAAGGAGUCCCAGAAAAUGUUGUGCUGACUCCUGAUUCUGGUAAUGGUCUUGCUACUGGUGCAUUCAUUGGUGCUACAGCUUCCCAUACCAAAAGCCUCCAUGUUUUUCCCAUUGGUAUCUUAGAGGGGCUCCGGUUCAUGUGUUGCUUCCGGUUCAAGUUAUGGUGGAUGACACAGAGAAUGGGAACUUGUGGAAAGGAUAUUCCUCUGGAGACUCAAUUCAUGCUUAUAGAGAGCAAAGAUAGUGAAGAGGAAGGGAAAAAUUCUCCCAUCGUCUACACUGUCUUGCUUCCUCUAUUGGAAGGUCCAUUCCGAUCUGUUCUACAAGGCAAUGAGAAAAGCGAGAUUGAGAUCUGCUUCGAGAGCGGUGAUCAUGCUGUUGAGACAAAUCAAGGCCUUCACAUGGUUUACAUGCAUGCUGGAACCAACCCCUUUGAAGUCAUCAACCAAGCUGUCAAGGCUGUGGAAAAGCACAUGCAAACAUUUCAUCAUCGUGAGAAGAAAAGACUGCCAUCUUUUCUUGACAUGUUUGGUUGGUGCACAUGGGAUGCUUUCUAUACUGACGUAACAGCUGAAGGUGUUGAGGAAGGCCUGAAGAGUCUAUCAGAGGGAGGUACACCUCCGCGGUUCCUCAUCAUAGAUGACGGCUGGCAACAGAUUGAAAGUAAAGCAAAGGAUCCUGACUGUGUUGUACAAGAAGGAGCACAGUUCGCUACUAUGUUGACAGGGAUUAAGGAGAAUGCUAAAUUUCAAAAGAAUAAGAAUGGAGAGCACAAUGAACCGACAUCAGGUCUUAAACAUCUAGUAGACGGAGUGAAGAAACAUCACAAUGUCAAAAAUGUUUAUGUAUGGCAUGCACUAGCUGGUUAUUGGGGAGGAGUGAAGCCAGCAGCGACUGGCAUGGAACAUUAUGACACUGCCUUGGCAUAUCCAGUGCAGUCACCGGGAGUACUAGGAAACCAACCCGACAUUGUCAUGGACAGCUUGUCUGUACAUGGGCUUGGUCUAGUACAUCCAAAGAAGGUUUUCAACUUCUACGAUGAGCUCCAUGCUUACUUAGCUUCAUGUGGAGUAGAUGGAGUGAAGGUAGAUGUGCAAAACAUUAUUGAAACCCUUGGCGCUGGACAUGGUGGCCGAGUCUCACUUACUCGCAGCUAUCAUCAUGCACUUGAGGCUUCCAUUGCUCGUAACUUUUCCGACAAUGGAUGCAUCGCGUGUAUGUGUCAUAACACUGAUGGACUUUACAGUGCUAAGCAGACUGCUGUUGUGCGGGCCUCUGAUGAUUUUUACCCGCGUGAUCCCGCUUCCCACACCAUCCAUAUUUCGUCUGUUGCAUACAAUUCACUUUUCCUUGGAGAGUUUAUGCAGCCAGAUUGGGACAUGUUCCAUAGUUUACAUCCGGCAGCAGAGUAUCAUGCAGCAGCUCGCGCGAUUGGUGGAUGUCCAAUUUAUGUCAGCGAUAAGCCAGGCAACCACAAUUUUAACCUUCUUAGGAAGUUGGUUCUUCCUGAUGGUUCUGUUCUCCGUGCUCAAUUGCCUGGAAGGCCUACGCGCGACUCACUCUUUGUUGAUCCGGCAAGAGAUAGGACUAGCUUGCUAAAAAUAUGGAACAUGAACAAAUGUACUGGAGUUGUUGGUGUGUUUAACUGCCAAGGUGCUGGGUGGUGCAAGGUAGAGAAGAAAACUCGCAUCCAUGAUACAUCUCCCGGUACACUUACUAGCUCUGUGUGUGCCUCUGAUGUUGAUCUGAUCAACCAAGUAGCUGGUGCUGAAUGGCAUGGAGAGACUAUUGUUUAUGCUUACAGAUCAAGCGAGGUGAUUCGAUUACCGAAAGGGGCUUCGAUUCCAGUAACACUAAAGGUUCUGGAGUUUGAACUUUUCCAUUUCUGUCCAAUCCAAGAAAUAGCGCCUGGUAUAUCAUUUGCAGCAAUAGGCCUAAUGGACAUGUUCAACACAGGAGGAGCUAUAGAAGAGGUUGAAAUCUAUAGAACCUCCGACAAACAAGAACUAUUUGAUGGCGAGGUGACGACUUCACUCAGUUCCAACCGAACGACAACAGCAACUAUUGCUUUGAAAGUGAGAGGAAGCGGCAAGUUUGGAGUUUACUCCUCCCAGCGUCCGCUGAAGUUUGCGGUAGAUGGCACCAAAACCGAUUUCAACUAUAACUCCGAAAAUGGGUUGACAACCUUCUCCAUCCCAAUUCCUCAAGAGGACAUGUAUAAAUGGUCAAUAGAGAUCCAAGUUUAAGUCAUCAAACACUUGGUAUUUAUAGAAAUGUGUAGGGAGAAGAGUUUUGUGGUAAUAACUACUACACUUUUGGUACCAUGUAGCUGAGAGAUUGGGAAAAUUGGGUUGGCUGUUAUUUUAACUUGUAACUUGUAACGUAUGUAGUGCAAAUUAUGUCGUGUGUUGGGGAGAGGAAUGAUGUUCUUCUCCCAUUGGAUGUAGUAUGUUUUGUUUCUUUUAAAAUAAAAGAUGUUCAAUGUUUGAAA